AUGGAGACUGUAACAAUCGUUAUCAACGACCCGUCCAUUGCCACAAGCAGUAACAAUGGUGAGGAAGACUCCUUUAAGCUCGCUUUAGUGGACGGCACCGAAGCGUCUGCACUUUCUCAGGCAGUGGCCAGUCGGACAUGCUACGAAGAAGGCUCUUUCUACUUGACAGCUGGGCCCAACCCCUCCGAUACAGUUGUGCCGUUAACAGCCAAGCUUCCAAAAGGACUGAAAUUGUAUCUACACGUGAAUCAGAAAAACAGGCGGAAGCCCAAGCAACAGGAAGUGACCUUUGUUGACGGUGAAGUUGAGGUGGAAGUUUCUAAGAAUGAUACGCCUGUGCCCGAAGCGAAUGAUGCGAAUCAAACUUCAGCGUAUGCUCCCAUUCCGAAGAAAGACGAGGAAGCCGGCAAUUCCAAAGAUGAGCCUGCCCAAAACCAGGAUGAAGAUCCCUCGGAAAUCGAUCCACAAAUCCGUAAAGGAUUGAUAUCCAGAUUCAUAGCGGUGAUGAACAUGGAGUUGUAUAAUCCCUUCAAAGACCUCAUUGGCCCCUCCAGCAGCAAACAAACCCAGGUGUUGGGCAGCAUGUUCUAUUUCAGCCAACUAAGUUCCGACUUGGCCAAUGAACGAACAUUUCUCGCGUGGAUUCGAACCAUGCUGGCCGCUGUUCGAACCAUCUUUUCCUAUGAAAAGGUACAGAGCGAUGUUACAGCGCGAGACAAGUCCCUCGUGGUGGCAAUCAUGAUGACGGCCACAAUGCUCCUCAUGGCGGGAUUUAUGGGUGGACAGCGUUACUACUCAACGCGAUACCUGCUGUUGUCUAGGGAAAGAAAGGAUACCUACAAUAUGAUCUCCCUUUCGCCGUUUGUGCUUCUUGGAUUUGCAAUCGCCGUCGUUACCAGUGUCGCGACGUAUGCUAGCAAAUGGUAUGGAUAA